GGUUAGUUGAUGAUCCCCUGUUAACCUACUCUAUAUAAGAGUGCGGCGGGCCGAGCAAGCUCCUCCGCAGCAAACGCUCGAUCAGUCAGUAGCCACCCAAUUCGCCUCGGUUGAUUUGAUCCACCGAUCGCGACGGUUUAGCCGGAUUACUCUCCAGAGUCCAGACGCAGAUACAUCACCGCGGCAGGCAAUGAAGAGCCCUGAAACUGAAUCACGCGACUGAUCUGUGUUGCUCCAUUGUUCCUUCUGCUUCGCCGUUGCCGCGCGCAGCAGAAGAUGGUGGUCAAGGUGAGCAUGCCGUGCGAGAGGAGCCGGUCCAGAGCCAUGGCGCUGGCCGCCAGAGCAGACGGGGUCAUCUCGGUGGCGAUCACCGGCGACGCCAGGGACAAGCUGGAGGUGGUCGGCGACGGCGUCGACCCGGUCUGCCUGGUCAGCUGCCUGCGCAGGAAGGUCGGCCACGCCGAGAUCCUGCAGGUGGAGGAAGUGAAGGACAAGAAGCCGGAGGAGAAGAAGCCUGAGGAGCCGAAGCCGCCGCAGCCCAUGGUGGUGCACCCACCGCCGCACGGCUACUACUCCUACCACCACCACCACCCGCCGCCGCCGAUGGUCGCCUGCGAGGAGCCAAGCAGUUGCUCCAUCAUGUAGAGUUAGUUUGUAGCUGCGACGAAUAAGAACUGUUUUGCCUAACUGUACUUACUUAUUUGUAAGAAAAUGGAGGGAGCUAAAUCAA